AAUAGCAAGGCUUCCGGGAACGCUGGAGCAAAAGGCCAAACAGACCAGGCCGGGUUAGAGAAGUCAAUGAGAUUAGUGAAACAUUCUUAAUUAGUUGUUCAUUUUCUGAAAAUCUAAAAGGCACAACCUAGAUUCGAGUUAAUGUCUUAAGUAGUUUAACAUGUUAUUACUCCAACCUCAUGAAAGUGACAAACUGACACGUUAUCAUUUUCGUCAAAAACAACUUUAUAUCAAAGGAGUACCUCUGAUUUGCGGCGUGCACAUGCGCAGUUAGGCGCCAGGCGACCCUUAGACCAGAUUGGUUGAUUCUGAUCACUAACGUCGCCAUUACAUCGCCUACAUGCGUGAUCGGGGAUUUCUAUUGGAGAAACCGUUUCGGACUAUCUUCAUACUGUACUGUCUUUGAUUAUAUAUCAGGGGUGUAGAUGGGAUGAGGGGAAAUGAAGGAACAGACGUCGUUUCAACGCAUCAAUGAGUAGAUGGAAGAAACACACACAACAACCAUUUGUUUACAUCGAUUCAGAAAGCUUAAAUUCGUUCGACGUAAUGAACUACAGCUCCCACAAACCAUUGCAGAAUUAGCCUUCUUCCGGGUUCUUCGAACUUGCUAAUUAUCAGCUGAAAGCAUAAGGUGGAUGUGUGUUCCGUUGGUGAGCAGCGAUGCCCCUGGAGGUGAAAUGGCCGUUCCCACAGUGCCCGCAGCUGGCCUGGAAGGUGACCAGCACCCUGGUCAUGGGUGUGGUGGGCUCAUACAGCUACUUCUGGACCAAGUAUCUGAACUGUAUUACGGUUCAUAAUCAGGAUGUUCUAUUUGACCUGAUAGACCAACGUCCACCUGACACACCCCUCAUCACACUGUCCAAUCACCAGUCCUGUAUGGACGACCCACACCUCUGGGGAGUUCUGAGACUCAGACACCUCUGGAACUUCAACAAGAUGCGCUGGACUCCGGCUGCGUCAGACAUCUGUUUCACCAAAGAGUUACACUCCAGGUUCUUCAGCAGAGGGAAGUGUAUUCCCGUCUGCAGAGGUGAUGGGGUGUAUCAGAAAGGCAUGGACUUUCUUCUGGAGAAGCUGAAUGGAGGAGACUGGGUACACAUCUUCCCUGAGGGGAAAGUCAACAUGACUGAGGAGUUUAUACGGUUGAAAUGGGGUGUCGGCCGUCUGAUAGCAGAGUGUUCCCUUAACCCUGUUAUUCUCCCUGUGUGGCAUGUAGGUAUGAGCGAUGUCUUGCCCAAUGAGCGACCCUACAUCCCUCGUACUGGACAGAGAAUCACAGUCCUGAUAGGGAAUCCAUUUACAGUCAAAGAUCUUCUGGAGUCUCUCCGACAACAGCAGAAGAGCCAGAUGGAGAUGAGGAAGGCCCUGACAGAUUCCAUCCAGGAGGAGUUUCGUAGCCUGCGGACCAAGGCUGAGGCUCUCCACCAGCGGGUACAGACCACGACCUGAGCCCCAGGCUCCAGCCCGGCCUCCACACCUGGCCCCUACCCUAACCUCAGGGUACCAACUCAAUAUAGAGUGGACAAAGAGACUGACUGUAUACACACACAAACAGGAAACUAGAUUCACACACACAUACCUGUGCCUCAUAGUGUGUGCAGUCCAACCUGCUGUCUGAUAAACCAGUGGUCCCCAAUGUGAUAAUUGCAAGGAGUAUCCUGCUAUGCACCUCAAAAAUCAUUCAGUCAACAUACAGGCGACGUUGAGAAAACAUUGUUUGAAACCAAUUCAACGGGAAUGUCCAUAGAGCCAAUGUUGUGUUUCACAGGCAUUUAAUCAACCGUCCAGUUCCCUCCCGUGUUAUGAAGUCACGUGACAUUCACCUCUGUCCCCACGGUAACAGCAGAACUAUGAGUAGUAGAGAAGUGUGGUUCGCACAGUAACAACAGAACUAUGAGUGGUAGAGAAGUGAAGUGUGGUUCCCACAGUAACAACAGAACUAUGAGUGGUAGAGAAGUGUGGUUCCCACAGUAACAACAGAACUAUGAGUAGUAGAGAAGUGUGGUUCCCACAGUAACAACAGAACUAUGAGUAGUAGAGAAGUGUGGUUCCCACAGUAACAACAGAACUAUGAGUGGUAGAGAAGUGUGGUUCCCACAGUAACAACAGAACUAUGAGUGGUAGAGAAGUGAAGUGUGGUUCCCACAGUAACAACAGAACUAUGAGUAGUAGAGAAGUGUGGUUCCCACAGUAACAACAGAACUAUGAGUGGUAGAGAAGUGUGGUUCCCACAGUAACAACAGAACUAUGAGUGGUAGAGAAGUGAAGUGUGGUUCCCACAGUAACAACAGAACUAUGAGUAGUAGAGAAGUGUGGUUCGCACAGUAACAACAGAACUAUGAGUGGUAGAGAAGUGUGGUUCCCACAGUAACAACAGAACUAUGAGUAGUAGAGAAGUGUGGUUCCCACAGUAACAACAGAACUAUGAGUGGUAGAGAAGUGUGGUUCCCACAGUAACAACAGAACUAUGAGUAGUAGAGAAGUGAAGUGUGGUUCCCACAGUAACAACAGAACUAUGAGUAGUAGAGAAGUGAAGUGUGGUUCCCACAGUAA